CCAAACUGUUACUUCCAUGAUGAAGUUGCUGGACGAGCUGAGCCAUUUAAUUGGAACGAUGAUUCUUGAUGGUUAUGGUUUGGGAGAGAAAUUAGAGUCAAUAAUGGAAUGUGAGACACUUCUAAGGAUAAUGAGAUGCGAAACUAAUUCCACAUCUGGGGAAUCUGUGAAAGGGUUGGCAGCUCAUACUGAUAAAGUAUUGUUUACAUUCCUCUGUGAAGAUCAAGUUUCAGGUCUUGAAGUUGAAACCAAGGACGGGCAAUGGAUUAAAUUGUCUCCAUCUCCUACCUCUUUCAUCUUUAUUGUUGGAGAUCUCCUAAAGGCCUGGAGUAAUUGCAGAAUGCAUGCUGUGAAUCAUAGGGUGAUGAUGACUGGAGAUAAAGAGCGUUAUUCUUUCGGAGUUUUUGCAGUUCCCAUGGAUGCAAGCAAUAUCAAGGCACCAAAACAGCUUGUUGAUGAAGAACAUCCCCAAGUGCUCAAAGAGUUCCGUUACAAGGAUUAUCUCGAUUUCACCUAUUCGGAGAAGGCAAGGUCCAUAGACUAUCAUAUGCACAUGCUCGCAUUUGCAGGGAUGUAGAACUUAACUUGUUGGCGAUGACAUGAUCAGUACUAGUAGUAUUUGGUUUAUACAAGCAUGCAUGUAAAAUCAAGCUCUACUUUGGCUUAAUUAAUACU